GGGAGAGACAGAGACACAGACACAGACAGAACAAACCCUUCAACGUGAGUCUCGGCGCAGACGACGGUCAAAACGAAUCGCCGAUCAAGCCCGGGAGGGGAUAUGGCUGAGCCGCCGACGGAAGGGGGAGGAGUCUCCCUCGACGAUCUCAAGGAGAGGAUGGCCAAUUUUGCAAAGGAAAGGGACUGGGAUAAAUUUCAUACGCCGCGAAAUGUGCUUCUCGCCAUGGUGGGAGAAGUUGGAGAAUUGUGCGACAUAUUUCAGUGGAAAGGCGAGGUCCCGAAAGGGCUGCCGGGUUGGGAAGAAGAGGAGAAAGUGCACUUGGGCGAGGAGCUCUCGGAUGUCCUGCUUUAUCUUGUAAGGCUGUCGGAUGUAUGCGGCGUGGAUCUCAACCGAGCUGCUCUGCGCAAGCUGGAGUGCAAUGCAGCCAAGUACCCGGUCCAUCUCUGCAAGGGCUCGUCGGAAAAGUAUCGCGAGAUCCAUAACGGUAACAGAUCUAAGCUCAGCAAUGAAGAUAGUGGUAGCAAUGGUUGAUUCAUUAUGGAUGAAGAAUGAUCAUAUCAGGUAAUAAUAAAAAUUUGUUGUUUACUUUCACUCUGUUGGUUUGCUGUUUUGUGACUUGUGAUAUUUAAGAAUGGAAUAAUAAUAAUAAUAAUAAUAAUAAUAAUAAUAUUUUUUUGAAUGAAAUUAUGAUAUA